UUUUUCGUCACUUACCGGAUUCCACCUCUGGGUUGCGGGGUGUCGUGAAACGGGGGCGGCGCAGUAUCGAGGUGGGGAGCCCGCAGGUCCGUGCGGAGAUGCUGAACAUGUGGAAAGUCAGGGAGCUGGUGGACAAAGCAAUUUGUAUAUACAGGAAAGCAGACAGUAGAAAGUGAACUAUAGGAACAAAGAAGGCAGGAAGCAGCAUACCUGUGGACACACUUCCUCUAUCCCCCUUUAUAAGCACUAAUGUGGUUAUGAACUACUCAGAGAUAGAGUCAAAGGUUAGAGAAGCUACCAAUGAUGACCCCUGGGGACCUUCUGGACAGCUAAUGGGAGAAAUAGCCAAAGCUACAUUUAUGUAUGAGCAGUUCCCCGAGGUGAUGAACAUGCUUUGGACCAGGAUGCUGAAGGAUAAUAAGAAAAACUGGAGACGAGUGUACAAGGCCUUACUUCUGCUUGCCUAUCUGAUCAGGAACGGCUCUGAGAGAGUCGUCACCAGCGCUAGAGAACACAUCUAUGACCUGCGAUCCCUAGAAAACUAUCAUUUUAUCGAUGAGAAUAGUAAGGAUCAGGGUAUAAACGUGCGUCAGAAGGUGAAGGAGAUGGUGGAGUUCAUCCAGGAUGACGACAGACUGAGAGAGGAGAGGAAGAAAGCCAAGAAGAACAAGGAUAAAUAUAUUGGAGUCUCCUCUGACAGUAUGGACGGAGGAGGGGGCAGCUUUAAGAACUCUAAUGAAUUAGAUCGGAAUAAGUGGGAUGAGGACUGGGACAAGAGCAGAGGAGCUUUCCCAUUCAGUGAAAAGCUCGGAGAGAUCAGCGAUAAGAUAGGCAGCACCAUCGACGACACGCUCAACAAGUUCAGAAAGAAGGAGCGAGAUGAUUCACCUGAUAGGAUCAGUGACAACGAGGAGGAAAGAGGAUCAAGAAACGGGAGGCAGGAAACAAUCGAAUUCAAAGAUGAGGAGGAAACCGUCACGACAAAGAGCAUCCAGAUCACACAAGCAACAGAAACCACGACUACCACGACACGGAAACGCAGCGGAGCGGCGAGCAGCAAGACGCUGGACCUGGGUGCUGCAGCACACUACACAGGAGACAAGAGCCCAGAGGGAAAGUCAUCAGCGAAGCAGUCUUCCAGCAGUGGACUGGCUGACCUGCUGGUGAUUGACCCUUCAAACGAUGAGAGCACAGCAACAGGAGGGACUUCAGACCUCAUAGGUGGCUUUGCUGACUUCUCCUCACCUGCAGCCUCUGCCAGCCUCCCAACCUCCACUGCUGCUGCCUCAUCCAAUGGAAAUGGGGAAUUCGGGGACUGGAACUCCUUUUCAGGAAAUCCUCCCGCUUCGUCCAGCUCCUGUCUUUCCCAGCCAGUUACGGACCUGUUUGGCAGCAGACCGUCGCCCACGACAACUGCUUCAAAUCCCUCCUCUGUCCCCCCAUCUUCUGAGCUCUUUGACCUGAUGAGUGGAGUUAGCCACCAGCCAACCAAUCCACACACAACGCUCAGUGCUUCUCAGAGCAUGACAUUCUCUCUGGGAGGGGUGACGCCGGGAGCAACCGUUUCUAUGCCUACGAUGCCACACUCCCGCUCUCAACAGAAUUUGGUGGCCAUGGUGUCCCAGCAGACAGUCGGAUCACAGCAGAAGGCUGGGGUUGGAAGUCAGGGAUCGUUAGGGUCAACCUGGUCCGACCCAUCUGUCAACAUCAGCCUGGACUUCCUUUCAGCAGGCCUCAACCCCACAAAGACACCACCCACUCUGAACAAUAUAAUCCAGCAACAAGGAGUGCCUCCAGUCAACCUGUUGGCUCAGAAUUUUGGAGGACUAAACCUCAGCUCACCGCCUCAUGUGACUCCUAUCAGACCGCCAGCCAAUCCCAUGAUGGCAGGAGGCGCCAUGACAAUGGGCAUGCCUGCUCACCUGGCUGUUGGCAUGCCACCAUCAAUGGCCACAGGUUUACAGGGUGGAAUUCCUGUAAACCAAGGGAUGAUGGGAAUGAACAUGAGCAUGAGUAUGGGAAUGGCUACCCCUGUGAUGAUAGGUGGUAUGGCAGGUACGGGGGUGCCAGGAGUAGGAGUGGGCCUAACUCACACCAUCACCCCAGCUGUCGUUCCACCCAAACAAGAUGCCUUCACUAACUUUGGCAAUUUUGGGAAAUAAAGGUUUGCAGUAAAAUUUGUGUGUGUGUGUGAAUGAGCAAGCGAGCAUAAAUGUGUGAAACUGCGAGCAAGUGAAGUACAAGAGGACUUUGCUGUACUUGAAGACAACCUUGCAUGUUUCACUGUCUGCCUCGGCUCUUUGGCGAGCUGGCACAGUGAUUGUUCACCAUCCCAGUAUAAUGGCACGACCUUGGUGAAAAUGGGGUACCCACUGAUUACCUUAGAAGAAACCGGAGGUGGUGCGAAGGUGUCAUUACAUAAUCAGUCAUCAUUACUUCCCUUUACUGGAAAAAAAUCAUUGUCUUCACAUGACUUUUUAUAAAACCACAUGUAUCCUCCUUCAUUCAUUGUUUUUUUCUGCACAAAGAAUUCAGUCUAACUAAAAUGGCACUGGGGCCCUAAUUUUGCAUUGUAGCUGAAAAAUCAAGUUUGUUAUUAUUUUUUUAAUCCAAAUUUAAUCAUAAAAUUUAAGCCAUUCCAUUUUUGCCCAAAGUAGCUCUGCUAAGCCCUUUUCAGACAUGAAACAUGUAAAACAAAGCGGUCUCCUUUUAUUUGUUUAAUUUUAGAUACUGUUAUGUUAAAUACCAGACAGCCCCAUUCAGACAUGUCUGUGCAUGUUUAUCUUUACCAUUCAGAGAAAACUUGUUGUUGGUGGCCCCAGCGUCAAAUCAUACCCCCAUUUCGUUGCCUCCUACUUCCAUUUCAUCCCUGUAAACAAACCACUACUUACCUAUGUCCUUAAGCUGUGCUGUCUGAAUUAAUUUUUCACUAUAGUGAAGUGGUUUCAUGAAUUACGGACAUAAAAGGUGAUUAAAAUCCUCAAACAUUAGAUAUCAUUUAAUUCAGUUGUAUUGUUGCUAAAAUGUGACAAAUCGUGGCAUCUGAUUAAACCAAAUUUCCUCUAAUUUGGUUAAUAAUUGACCUCCUGCUGGUACAUGUUGUUUAUUGGAUAUAAAAACUUUACAUUAGAUCACCUUUUUAUAAAGCGGGUACCAAACAUCCACCUGGUAGGUAGCCAAAUUUCUAAAGUAUGAAACGGUUCCGCCCAUCGCGGGAUGAUUUGUAGCAGAAGGGCGACUUGACAAAAACUGGUAAGAAAACAGGACAGAAAUUAAGAUAAAGGGGCGAAAUGAUCAGCACCCAUUAUUGUUAACAUAGGUGCUACCCUGUGGGUUCCGAGUUAGUUUUACAUCCUAUUACCAUUUAUUUUGGUUCCAAACUGCAUUUUGAAGUAUGAACCAAUAUGAAAAACGACUGCUGCUAAAAACCAAAAACCUUUAAGCUGCCUCUUGUAGUUAGAUAUUAUUUUUUGGACACAUAAUAUCAGGUUUACCGUAGACUAUGAGAACAAAAUAGAAGACUUACUGUACGUGAACCACUGGUUGUCAAUUCAGGUGUAAAACAUCCCCCUGGUGGGUGCAUAUUAACACAUUGUAAGUAUGAAAUGCGCCGUGUCAGACGGCAUCAUUUCAUACUCAAAACAUUCAGGUUUAAAGCAACCAAAACUACAAAGGUAUGGAAUGGUGAAGGGCAAAAUGAUCAGCACCCUGACCUGCUCUAUCAGUAUGAAAACAUAGUGGGCACAAUGAGUUUGCAUCUUUAUAAAGUUAAUUUAGAGUUUGCUCUUAACCUGCCAUUUAGCCAUGAAAUACAUCAAGAAUCCUGGAAAAAAUAUAAAGAUGCUGCUUCUUAUUGUUGAAAAGAAAAUCAUUAAAGAGAAGUUUCUAUUGUGCAUUUGAUUAUUCAUAAUCUGAACAUAUAGUCAGAUAUCCAAUUUAUCCACUGUUACUGUUAAUUUAAUGGAAAACCAGCAGGAUAAUUAUGCAGAGUUGACCCAGACAUGCUUGAUUUUGACCAGAUUAAAUUUGUACUCUUCCUGUCUGAAAGGGGCUUUGCAGCACAGUAAGAUAUUGUCCUCCAGCAGUGGGCAGAAUGAGCAUACUUUAAAACAGUAAUCCAUGCCUGUUCUGCUUGGGCCAUAUAAGAGUGGUUGGGUUAAAAGAAUAUAUAUCUGGACCCAGACAAGCCAACUUCUUUUUUUUUUUUGCUCUUCAACAUGAUUUAUGAAUUUGUUAUCGGCUUGUUACAUUACAAUAUUUGGACAGGUAGUGUUGAAUGAUUGUUGUGUUUGACUUUCUGACUGAGUUUACCACAUUGCUGUCUGAUUAAAGGGCCACUCAGUAUUUGUUUCAGAGUGCUACUGAUUUAUUUUGUCUUUAUGCAACUUGUGAAUGUGACUUCACAAAUGUCAGUAGGCUAUUCAGUGUUGCUUUCUGACCCACACACACUAACGGUGUCUCUCGAACCUUUAUGCAUACAGACCGUUUUUAUGCAUUGAGGUACAGAAGUAUUUUUCUUCCAGUUCGGUGGAAAAAGAGUCUUGAAAAACAUGAGCUGCAACAUUACUUAUAUGUUUACUGUGGAUUCUGGGAAUACCUCUGCAGUGUACCUUGAGUUGGAAAGUCUUUUUGCCAGCAAACAUUUUUCACCUUCACCUCACAAUCCAUUGGUUGAGAGGAUGCUCCACAACAUUUGACACAGAUUAAAUAAGCUGGAAACCAGUCCAAAGGGUUUGCGGUGACAUCUGUGUCAGAGAUAGAUGACUGGGUGUUUGUGACUUUAUGUAUGGGUAUAAGUUUCCUCUGUUAAAUGUAGAAACACAGCUAAGCAGAGCCUCUUUUGUCAUUUUCCAAGGCGCUGCCCUCCAAAUGACCAAAUCUUUAUUUUGUUACUCUCAGAAAUAUAAUUCCACAGGUUUUAGUUUAAUAUUUUAUUAGUUUUAUGGUUAUGUUCAUAUGGGAGAAUUGCAGCUAAAGUGAUUUAUGUAGUUUACUUGAAUCAUGUUCUUUUUUCCUUCAACGCAGAUCUUUUUAUUUGAUUACUGUAUAUUUUCUGUACUUCAGUCAACAUUAAAUUAAAUUAUAACAUUAAA